UCUGCAGCCUACCCCAGACUCGGAAGAGAAGGGCACUCUCCGGCUAGCUGCUGCGGAGGUAGCUAUCUGCUGACUCACCCGCCAAGACAAAGUAAGUAGACUGGCUUGCUCAGAGAACUCUUGCGACCUUCGCUUACCAAUUCCUCUCCGGGAAUAGAAAGGCAAAGACAAAGAAAGCGGGAUGGAAAAGGGGUCGGAAUCAAGGGGCCAAGCAAGGUGGAGCAUUCCUUUUCUCUUCUUGCUGUCUUUGUUCUGCCUGGCGCUGUCGGAGCAAAUCCACUACGCUGUUCCUGAGGAGCUGGCCAAGGGCUCGCUCGUGGGAAACCUUGCCAAAGACCUGGGGGUUAGCUUAGAGGAUUUGCCUACUCGGAACCUGCGGGUCAGUGCAGAGAAGAAAUUCUUUGCUGUGAGCACCGAGAAUGGGGACUUACUUGUGAGCGACCGUAUAGACAGAGAGCAGAUUUGCGGCAAGAAGUCGACAUGUGUUCUGGAAUUCGAGGUGAUGGCUGAAAAGCCUUUAAACUUUUUUCAUGUAACUGUGCUGAUCCAGGAUAUCAAUGACAACCCACCAACUUUUAACCAAAAUAUCACUGAGCUGGAAAUCAGCGAACUGGCUCUAACUGGAACCACUUUUGCCCUGGAACCCGCGCAAGAUUUGGAUGUUGGUGUCAAUUCACUGCAGCAGUACCACCUCAGUCCCCACCCACGCUUCUCUUUGAUUCAGAAGGAGAAUCCAGAUGGCAGUAGGUACCCAGAGCUGGUACUGAAAGCUCCUCUGGACAGGGAAGAGCAGUCCACCCACCACCUGGUCCUCACAGCUCUGGAUGGAGGCGAGCCAUCCAGAAGUUGCACUACCCAGAUUAGGAUAAUCGUUGCAGAUGCAAAUGAUAACCCCCCAGUGUUUACCCAGGACACGUACAGGGUCAGUGUUUCAGAGAACCUUCCCCCUGGCUCCUCUGUGCUAACACUGAUAGCCACUGACCCAGAUGAGGGUGUCAACGCUGAAGUCACCUACGCCUUCAUCACUACUGAAAAGUCAGUGACACAGCUGUUCAAGCUAGACAGUUACACAGGGGAACUCACCACUGGUGAAGGACUGGACUUCGAAGAGAGAGCGAGCUACACAAUUGGGGUGGAAGCAAAAGACAGUGGACAUCAUACUGCUUAUUGUAAAAUACAGAUAGACGUGUUGGAUGAAAAUGACAAUGCCCCUGAGAUAACCCUGGCUUCUGAAUCUCAACAUAUACAGGAGGAUGCGCUGCCAGGAACUGUGGUUGCACUGAUCAAAAUAUAUGAUCUGGACUCUGGAGUAAAUGGGGAAAUCCUGUGUCAACUCAAAGGAAAAUUCCCAUUUAAAAUAAUUCAGGAUACAAAAAACACAUACAGGUUGGUGACAGAUGGAGCCCUAGACCGCGAGCAGUUUCCCGACUACAACCUCACCGUCACAGCCUCCGACAGAGGCAGUCCACCUCUUUCUUCCAGCAGAACCAUCACCCUGCACAUCGCUGACGUUAACGACAACGCCCCGGUUUUCCAACAGGCCUCCUACUUGGUACACGUGCCGGAGAACAACCCGCCUGGAGCCUCUCUCGCUCAAGUCAGCGCCUUUGAUCCGGAUGUGGGACCCAAUGGCCACGUUUCCUAUUCCAUCGGGCUGUCCUACCACGUGCUGCAGGCCAGCGACCCAGGCCUCUUCAGCCUGGGGCUGCGCACGGGCGAGGUGCGCACAGCGCGCGCCCUGGGCGACAGGGACACAGCCCGGCAGCGCCUGUUGGUGGCUGUGCGAGAUGGAGGGCGGCCACCCCUCUCCGCCACCGCCACGCUGCACCUGGUCUUCGCUGAUAGCCUGCAAGAGGUACUGCCAGACCUGGGCGAUAGUCCUGCGCCCUCUGACCCCCAGGCCGAGCUGCAGUUCUACCUGGUGGUGGCCCUGGCUCUGAUCUCUGUGCUCUUCCUGCUCGCGGUGAUUCUGGCGGUCGCCCUGCGCCUGCGGAGCUCCUCCAGCCCCGCGUCCUGGGGCUGCUUUCAGCCUGGCCUCAGCUCUAUACCUGGGGUUCUUCCCAACUACUGCGAAGGCACUCUGCCUUAUUCCUACAACUCAUAUGCUAUCCCCCAUUCCUCAAAGACUGAGUUUAAAUUUCUGACGAUAAAGCAUGAAAGUGUUCCUCCUCAAGAUCUGUGUGACGAAUCCUCUUGGUUAGAAAGUAACAGUCAUAAUCCGGAAAGGACCCCUAAUUCAGCCGAGACGCAACAGGUAAGUUUCUUCUAAUAUGU